AUGCCAGAAAUUGCAGAAGUUGCGAGAGCUGUGCAUUUCAUACGUAAAAGUCUCGUUGGCAAAACAAUAUCAGUUGUGAAAGCUCAAGAUGAUACCAACGUCUUUGGAAAGGUCGGAACAAGUGCUGCGGAAUUUCAAAAGGCAUUGACUGGGAAGAAAGUAUUAGGCGCGGGACAACAAGGCAAAUAUUUCUGGAUGAUCAUGUCCUCACCACCACAUCCAGUAUUGCACUUCGGCAUGACGGGAUGGUUCCACAUUCGAGGGCUGGGAACUUACAAUUUCAGAUCAAAAGAUGAGGCCGAAAAGGAGGUAUGGCCACCGAAGUACUCGAAGUUUUCACUACAAACUGCAGAGGAACCAAAGGUUGAGGCCGCAUUCACAGAUUCACGGAGGCUUUCGAAAAUCCGACUGGUAGAUUGUGUUGCUGAGGCCAUUCGAAAUACGACUCCACUCAAAGAGAAUGGUCCAGAUCCCAUUAUCGAUAAAGAUGUCCUGACAGUUGAGUGGCUCGAGCAGAAGUUGAACAAGAAACAGGUGCCCAUAAAGGCAUUAUUACUUGACCAAGCGAAUAUCAGUGGGAUUGGAAAUUGGGUUGGCGACGAAGUACUAUACAAUGCGAGACUUCAUCCUGAGCAGUAUAGCAAUACGUUCAGCUCUGAAGAGAUCAAGCGGUUGCAUACUUCGAUAAUGUAUAUCUGUGAAACGGCAGUAGACUUUUUGGCAGACUCGUCCAAAUUCCCAGAUGACUGGAUGUUCAAGCAUCGAUGGGGGAAAGGAAAGAAAGACAGCCCAACCGCAUUACCAAACGGGGAAAACAUCAUAUUUCUUACCGUAGGAGGGCGGACAUCUUGCGUGGUACCAAGUGUGCAGAAGAAAACGGGCGCCGUCGCUGGUGAUCUCAAGAAGAGAAGUGCGUCCUGUGACAGCGAAACUAUCGAGGAGGUUCCAGUGAAGAAACAAAGCUCGAGAAAGAGGAAGGUCACUGUGGUAUCAACGAAACCCGAAGAGUCUGAAGAAGAAAUUACAAAACGAAAGAAGCCGAAACCAGCGUCUCGAAAAUCCACUCAGGUGAAAAAUGAGAUUUCGGAUGAUGCGGAGGAUGUUCCCACAAAGGAGAGGAAGUCAAAGUUGACUGAGACUGAACUAAAGGCAACAGAGGAUAUUGCACCAACUCAAACGAGACGCAGGUCUGGUCGUCAUGCGAAGACUGAUAUUGUCCAGAACUAA